AUGUCUCGCCGUAUCCUCACAAGCACCACUCCUCGCGCUCUAUCAGCCUCCGUCAGACCGUCGACAAACUCUGUCAUCACAAGAGCGCCACGUAUCCUCGUCUCAUCACAGCAACAACCCGCACAGAGAAGAAAUUACCAUGAAAAGGUCCUUGACCACUACUCGAACCCCCGCAAUGUCGGUUCAAUGAGCAAGAACGACGCAGAUGUCGGUACCGGUCUAGUCGGCGCACCCGCUUGUGGCGAUGUUAUGAAACUGCAAAUUCGAGUCGAUCCAGACAGCAAUACAAUCAGUGACGUUAAGUUCAAGACUUUCGGCUGCGGUUCUGCUAUCGCCUCGUCUUCAUAUCUUACAGAGCUGGUACGCGGCAUGACGCUGGAGCAAGCUAGCAGAGUAAAGAACACCGAGAUUGCUAAGGAGCUCUGCCUACCACCCGUCAAGUUGCAUUGCAGUAUGUUGGCGGAGGAUGCGAUCAAGAGUGCAAUUAACAACUACUACACUAAGAACCCGAAGGCGAAGCAGACAGAUUUGGGCAUGAGCCAGGCUCAAGGUAUGCCGAGGAUUGAGAUCGAGAAGGUUACGGCUACCACAGACACUGGGGCGAGUGCAGCUGCCUAG